UGGGCAAGAUUUGAGGAUCAUUAUUUUCGUUCGUUGAUCGUUGGCUUGUGGUGUGAGUGUUGAGAAAGAGUUGCCUUUACCUGGCACCAAUAUUUGCGCAAGGAAGUUGCGAUCGCGGCUGCACGUGUGGUAGUGGUACAAAAGCACAUGUUGUUUAUGUUUUCGGCGCGUUUGUUUGAGUGUCGUUUUGUGUAAGGUGUGUUUUCAAAACAAAUCGCGAAAACGUGACCUACCGAUCGUUUGUUUGUUUACAUUUGCGCUAGAGCACGUUGAAGAGCUAGAAUUGAAAUUUCGCGAUCGCGAUCGAUUUUUCCUCUCGAGAAAAACGCUUACAAAGCUAGUUUGAAUGAAAUACGAAAUCAGCUAUCACAGCGAUACCACGAGCGAGGGUGCGAUGGGAAGCCGUGCGCAGUCCGUGAUCUGUGACAAGGUGCUGGCCGGGCUGCCCCAGCUGCUCGACGAUCUGCAGAAGCUGUCCGAGGAUCAGGACACCGCGGACGUGGUGUUUAUCCUCGGAACCUCCGAGGAGCGAAUCUUCGCACACCGGAUCAUCUUGAUGGCUAGAUGCAAAUCGUUCCAAAACACAAAACGCGGUGAGAUCUGUCGCAUUCCGGGUUGUUCGGUGUUGCCAUCUGCCCCAGGCGCUCCCUCACCGAUUCGACUGCCACACAUCGAAGCGGACAUCUUUCGGCAGUUUAUCCUCUACGUUUACACUGCGAAGAUCAUGCUGCAAGAUUCGAAGGUGUUUGAAAUGAUGACACUAGCUCAGGAUUUGGGCGUGGAAGAGUUAAAAAUUGCCUGCGAGGAACACGUCAGAACGACAAUGUCGGUUGCGAAUGCUUGCACGUUUUUGGCUGCCGUUAUGGAAAUCCAGGAUAAGGCUUCGGGUGCGAAAUUCGCAGCUCCGUUUUUGGAAAAGUGCAUCACAUACAUUGCGGAGAAUGCGUCCGAGUGCGUCAAGACGAAUGCGUUUCUGAACCUCACCAAGGAGGGACUGAUUCAGGUCAUUUCGUAUGAUAAUCUCGGUCUCGAGGAGGAGGACGUGUGGCGAUGCGUGCUGGCCUGGGCCAAGAACCAAGCCGGAGUGACCCAACCGACGGCCCACUGGACCGAGGAGGAGCGUCAACGGGUGUGCCAACAGCUGGCACCGGUCAUUUCCCACGUGCGGUUGUUCCUCAUCGAUAGCCAAGUGUUCGCAGAGGAAGUCGAACCGACGGGAGCGGUUCCGAUCGAGCUGUCCCUGGAACGGUACCGUCGGGCGGCGCUACAUUCGAACAAACUUCCGGCGUCGGCCGCACCCAUCCAGGCUGGUCCCGGACUGGCGGAGAACGAUAAGCGACUGCAGCCCCGGUUGAUGCUGAAUCUGUUUCAUGGUUCGGCGAUUCUGAAGAACGACAAGAUUCACAUGCAGGGCACGCUGAACGGGUUCUACGGGGCGCCGAAGCAGACCUGGAGAUUGAUGUACCGGGCGUCGACGAACGGGUUCUCGGCGGCGGCAUUUCAUCGGCACUGUGAUGGAGUGGCACCGUUGUUUAUUAUUGCACAGGGCUCCCAGGGCGCCAUCAGCGGUGGCUUCACGGACGUGGCCUUCGCCAAAACCAACCGCAAGGGCGGAUACAUCCACUCGGAGAAGGCGUUUCUGUUCGCGCUGAACUACAACAACGAGCCGCCGAGCAAGUUCGAGAUCGUGAAGAAACCGUACGCGAUUUGCUACCACCCGGAUUGUGGACCAAUUUUCGGCGCCGGAGCAGAUUUGUUAAUUUCGAACAAUUGCAAUAUCAACAUGGAAUCGUAUUCGAACUUUCCUCACUCGUACGAUGGACCAAAUGCCACAUUUGGAAACCUUUUUGGCGAUUACAACUUUUCCAUUGCCGAUUAUGAAGUGUUUACGCUGGCUCCUUCGGCGGUUCCCGGAGGGAUAAAGAUGAAGCAUGACCGGUAUCCGUGAGGAGAGAAUUGGUCUAAAUUUUACAGGUGCAACGAUAUGAAGUUUUUGAAUAGCAUUAUA